AUGUCGAUUUACAGACUUCCAUCGUGGGUGACUAAGAGCAUUGACAAAAUUCGCAGGGAUUUUCUGUGGUCUGGCCCUGACAACCACCAGAGUAAAAUUAGGCUUGUUUCUUGGGCACGUCUAUGUCGCUCUAGGGAACAAGGUGGGUGGGGAAUCCUGAAUUUACAAACUUUCAACACUGCCCUACUUGGAAAAUGGUGGUGGAAGAUCGUCUCUGGCUCACACUGGUGUGGUGAGAACAUACUGCAUGCCAACUACUACAGUAAUUUCCCAAUGUGGAACCUUUUCCAUACGCAUGGUAGACGGCGAUCCUUCUUUUGGAAUGGGGUCCUGCACUCCCUCCCGGCUUUUAGGAAAAACUUAUCUUCUCAGAUCCGCAAUGGGGCGAAUACACUAUUCUGGUUGGAUAACUGGGUUGAAGGGCGUGCCUCUGCUGAUAUUUGGCCUCAACUAUUCCAGGUUGCCCUGUAUAAGGAGGAUUCAAUUCGGGAUUUUAUGAGCAGACUUCCUAUGGCUCCCUUGAGUAACCUCCCUGAUUGGAGCAUGCUUUAUUAA